UCUAAAUCAUUUUCCCUUGUUUAUUUUGGCAUAGAUAUAUAUAAUCUUUACCCACAUGAGCAAAGCGUACAAGCAUUCAUCUUCAAGCUAGUUCAAACAGCCUUCUUCUUCACUAAAAGCUUCAACUAAUAGACAAUACUGAAAGGAAAAUGAGUUACGAUACUGAAACUUACAUCAAAACAAUGAAAAUGGGUAAGAAAACUGACGAACCAGAUGUUGCAGAGUUCAUAUCGGCAAUUGCAGCCGAAAACAACGCUCAACUCAUGGUGGUUGCAUGUGCUGAGGCGGCAGGCUCCACCACCAAGGCCUCAUUGCUACACCUCAUAAAACUGGUGGAUUCAUGGGUUUGGAGCAGAACAAAGAGUCACUUGUUACCCAUAGGAGAAGGGCUGCUAUUGAUGAGAAUUGUCGGACAAUCUGAUAAUGGUGGUGACACGAACGGUGGCCACGGCGGCAACAAUGGCCGAUGGGGAAGUCAUUGGGUUGUUAAAAUAGAUAAAUGCGCAGGCCACGAGCAUGUUUUUCGGAUCAGAUCACCAGGCGUUAGAGUUUUUCGAGCUUGA